AACACAAGAAUGAGGUUAACAUUGAUUCUAGUCUUUGGGGCUUUCUGUACAGUGAGGAGCCAAUUCACAGGACGUUGCCUUUCAAGUCCCGUAUUGUGCUGCAAAGGUGUGAACAGUGGAUGUCGAAGAGUAGACUGCUACUGUGAUGAUUACUGCACUGCAAACUCUGACUGUUGCCCUGAUUUUGGUGCUGCCUGUAGUGCCCUCAGUGGAACCACAAAGAGUACCAUACAAAUUACUUCUGCCACCAACCCAACUACAUUCAAAACCAGUGAACUAUCCACAACUACUACUGCACCCAUAAUGACGAACAGUACUGGAGCACCAAAGCUGAGUACAAUUUUUUUCACUUCAAUAUCCACAUCUAGUUUUAAUACAUCUACUAGCAUUGCCCCAAAUUUAGAGAAAGUUAGUAACACCAUGUCUGUAAUCAAUGCAACCACCAAACAGACAACUACAGUGUCACCAAACAGCCCUAGUAUGACAACCAGCAGCCUCACUACAAUUGUGACCAAUGCAGCCUUCACCAUAAGGUUGUCAACACUAGAAACCAAUACCACUGUGACAGUUGUGCCUUCCAGCAGCCUCACUACACCUAUUAUCAAUACAACGUACAUAAUCAGGCCAUCUACAGCAGUGACCAACAUCACUGUGGCAGCUUCAUCCUUAAUACCUUCCAAUAUUACCAGCAUCCUCACUACACCUGCAAUCAAUGCAACAUUCAACUCAAUGAACUCUGUUCCUUCUAGUAGUCUCUCUACACCUGUUAUCAAUACAACCUACACAAUCAGACCAUCUACAGCAGUGACCAACAUCACUGUGGCAGCUUCAUCCUUAAUACCUUCCAAUAGUACCAGCAUCCGCACUACACCUGCAAUCAAUGCAACAUUCAACUCGAUGAACUCUGUUCCUUCUAGUAGUCUCCCUACACCUAUUAUCAAUACAACCUACACCAUCAGACCAUCUACAGCAGUGACCAAUAUCACUGUGGCAGCUCCAUCCUUAAUACCUUCCAAUAUUACUAGCAUCCUCACUACACCUGCAAUCAAUGCAACAUUCAACUCAAUGAACUCUGUUCCUUCUAGUAGUCUCUCUACACCUAUUAUCAACACAACCUACUCAAUCAGACCAUCUACAGCAGUGACCAAUAUCACUGUGGCAGCUUCAUCCUCAAUACCUUUCAAUAUUACCAGCAGCCUCACAUUGCCUGUUAUGAAUGAAACCUCCACCAUUAGACCAUCUACAGUGGUGACUAAUAACACCAUAACAGCUGGACCCUUAACUACCUCAGUUGCCUCAGGCAGCCUUACUAUACCUAUUAUCAAUACAACCUCCGUUAUUGGAACAUUGAAAGAGGUAACCACUAGCAAUGUGACAGCUAUACCUGUAAUAUCUUCCAAUACUACCAGUAGCCUCACAACACCUGUUAUCAACGGUAACUCCACCAUCAAACUGUCUACAUUAGUAAUCAAUAGCACUGUGGCAUCAACACCUGUAAUGGUAUCAAACCUUAUGACCAAUGCAUCUUCCACCAUUAGAACAUCUACAGUGGUAACAACUUCUGCACCCUCAGUAACCUUUAAUACCACUAGCAACCUUACAUCUUCUGUGACCAGUACAACCACUACUGCUCAAGUUAAUCCCAGUGCAUCAGGAUCUGUUAUGAACAUGACAAAUUCUAGUAUGGGGUCAUUUAAUUCAAUAACCACCACUUCAUCAAUGCCUGGGAACAGCUCCACCGUGGUUACUGGUUACACACCCAAUGUCACAAGUAAUUUGGUUACAGCUACAAAUAUAUCAAAUGGAAUCAUCAACUCUUCAACUUCCUCUCUUAAUACUAUCAGUAGCACAGUUAGUACAACCUUAUUUAGCACCACUAGUGCAAUCCCAUCUGGAAUAUUGUACAAUAAUGCAUUAAACUCUGCAACACCUGAAUUUCCAACCACUCUGAGCACCCGGACUACAACACCAAGCAUUCUCCCUGGAAGUCUACCCGCCAACAACCCAACCACUUCUGCAAUACCAUCUGUCUUACCAAGCACUAUAAGAACGACACCGGUUAUUUCCAACAUAACGACUUCUUGGUCAACAGCAAUUCCCAUUAUACCAACUAGUGUUCUAACAUCUGCAGUUACGGUAACAAAUAUAACAUCUGCAAUACCGUCUGUCUUACCAAGCACUAUAAGAACAACACCUGCUAUAUCCAGCAUAACAACUUUGUGGUCAACAACAAUUCCCACUACACCAACUAGUGUUCUAACAUCUGCAGUUACGGUAACAAAUAUAACAUCUGAAAUACCGUAUGUCUUCCCAAGCACUAUAAGAACAACACCUGCUAUAUCCAGCAUAACAACUUCGUGGUCAACAACAAUUCCCACUACACCAAGUAAUGGUCUAACAUCUGCAGUUUCCUUAGGCAUGAGCCCUAUUUCUAUUAAUCCCCUUGGCGUCUCAUUUAGCACUCUAACAACAACAGCUACUUCAUCCUUCCCCAACAUGUUUAAUGCCAGCAGAACUACUGCUGCCAUGCAACCUUUUGGUAUAAAUGGAGCAACAACAAUGGGUUUACAACCCCCCAGUACAGUAAACAAUACUGUAACAUCACCUAUAAUCUCAUUGCCUACUUCAUCGAGUGCAACCUUAAACACUAACCCAUCAAGAAUAAUAUCUACACUAGGUGUUUCAUCUUCCAAUACAUUCAGUCUAACUACAAAAUCAGCUGGGGAUUCAUACUCGUCAAUUAGCAAUUUAUCUACAUCAACCAGUACAUCUACCACAGCACCCACUGGCCCCAAAAUUGCUGCAGAUCAAGGGAUGAUAUUUCAGAACAGCCCCCCGGUUGUCUUACAGGUGUCAUCUACAACAGGAAGUGGUCUGCUAUCUUCGGCCACUAGCAGAUUCGUCAACACAUCACCAACCCCAAUCUGGACUGUCUCACAAAGAGCACAGACAUCGCAGACGUCUCAAAUGACAGAAGCUCCUACAGGAUCUUCUGCAAUUAAUACAACCAUGGAGAGAGCUACACAGAGUCCAAGCAUCAAUUUGCCUACCAGAAGCAACACAUUUUCCAAUAAUUUCCUUUCAACAACAUCAGAACUGAACUCAACGGGUCUAACCAGCCAGAUUUCUAAAACAAACAAGACAGAGUUGGCAAUGAACAACACUAUUGGAGGAAACAAGAAGAAGCUUAAGAAACUGUUUGGUAUAUUUUGGUCACUUAUCUUUCCUGGUCUUGAAAAAGAAACUGAUAUAUUUGGAGCAAUGGAACUGUACAAUAACAGCCAAACAACGCACACUGUUCCACCCAUGGGAAAUGAAACUGAAUUUAACAAUACAUCAAAGGAACCUCAGAAAGAAGGUCCUAGGAAGUCACUUCAGAUUCUUAAUGUGAACUUCUUCAGAAUCACCAUCGAGGAUGAUAAGCCAGAAACUUACAAUCUCCUUCAGAAAAUUCAACAGCUGAUUCAAAAGGAAGACAAUGAAUAAACAAUAUGCAAAACUAGAAGGAU